UAUACGGGCAGAUGCAGUGUCCCACUGUGUGUGCAUUUGUGUCCAUGCCCUAGGGUCACACCAGGGUUGAUUACCGCCCAGUGACAUCUCCUGGAGAUUUGACAACAGCUAGAGAGAAGCCAGGAGAAGGCUGCGAUCCCUUUCUCCGGCCCAAAUCUUUCCCUCCCCUUAAUGACGGUGUGAAUAAGUCCCCUCCGCUCCGAAGCCAGCCCUGUUUUUUCUUAUGAAUGACUAGGUCAGAGUCACACACACCAAGUGCCCCCCGCGGAGCUAGAGGCGGUAGUUUACAAUUACAACUGUACAAAGUGUGCACCAGGUGGCAGGCAGCCAGCCAGUGACGUUCCUGUUGCCAUGGGAUCCACCGCCCCUAUAAAUAACAGCAAAGGAACUUUCCUAAGUCAGAGACUUUAGGACUCGGGACCUAGAACCAGAUGGUCCGGAGGAGAAGCAGCAGCCGCCGCCGCCGCCGCCGGAUCUGAGCCAGCCCAGGUGGGCAGCGCAGCUGGGAAGCCGGACCCAGCACCAGAGACUGAGGCAGGAGUUGCAGGCCCCCCACGUCACCUUUGGCAGCUUGAUCCUGUGGCUGGGGGGCCCCCCCUGCGGCGUCUCCUCCUCCCUGCACCCCCCCCUUUGCUUUCAUGCAACGCCUGGUGGCCUGGGACCCAGCAUGCCUCCCCAUCCAGCCGCCUGCCUUUAAAUCCAUGGAAGUGGCUAAUUUCUAUUACGAGACGGACUAUCUGGCUGCUCUGAGCAAGCCGAAGCCGCGGGCGGCAGGGGGCCGCUCCAUGACCGAGCUCACCGUCGGGGACCACGAGAGAGCCAUCGACAUCAGCUCUUACCUGGACCCCUUAGCAUCCCAGCAGCCGCCGCCGCCUCCUCCUGCAGCGGCGGCAGCAGCAGGGGGCAACUUUGAGCCUCCCUGCAGCAGCAGCAGCCAAGAUUUCCUCUCCGACCUCUUCGCCGAGGACUAUAAAGGCGGCAGCAAGAAGCCCGACUACACCUACAUCAGCCUACCCAGGCUCUGCCACCCGGGCGGCGGCCAGGGCCACAAGCCGGGGGGGCUGCUGACCUGCUUCCCGCCCCAGAUCGUGGAGACCAAAGUGGAGCCGGUCUUCGAGUCCCUGGACUCCUGCAAAGGGCCCCGCAAGGAAGACGGCGGCGCUGGGCCGGGGGGCAUGUCCUCCCCCUACGGCAGCACCAUGCGCUCCUACCUCGGUUACCAAUCGGUGCCCAGCGGCAGCAGCGGCAACCUGUCCACCUCGUCCUCUUCCAGCCCCCCCGGCACCCCCAACCCGUCCGAUUCCUCCAAGUCCGGCGGCGGGGGCUACGCCGGGGCCCCCGGGGGCAAGAACAAGUCCAAGAAGAGCGUGGACAAGCACAGCGACGAGUACAAGAUCCGCCGGGAGAGGAACAACAUCGCGGUGCGCAAGAGCCGGGACAAAGCCAAACUGCGCAACCUGGAGACGCAGCACAAAGUCUUGGAACUGACCGCCGAGAACGAGCGGCUGCAAAAGAAAGUGGAGCAGCUCUCCCGGGAGCUGAGCACCCUCCGGAACUUGUUCAAACAGCUGCCCGAGCCCCUGCUGGCCACAUCUGGCCACUGCUAGCCCCAGCGUUGGACACUGCUACAGCCGCAGUGGUUGGGGUCGGGAGGGGGAGAAAGGGCUUGAAUUUGGGGAAGGAGGAUGGGGGGGGGGGGAAUCUGGUGGCUGCUUUUUCCCUCCGCUAUGAGGACAGAUUGGAUCGGGGCGGGGAAGAAAUGGGGAGAGACUCAAGCUUGGGUUUUGGUUUGUUUGUUUUUUUUUGUUUUGUUUUUUUUUUGGUCGGCUUUCGUUUGCAAUUUGGUGGAAGAAACUUCCGCCGCAGCCUGUUUGUCCUAGGAGGGUCCUCGGCACCUUGUGGCGGAAUGACAGUUGCCGAUGGUAAUGUUGGUUUUUUAUGUUACAAUCCCACCGAGCCCCCCCUUUCCCCGAAGCGGUCUCUCUGCAGAGUUUGUUGAAUGUUCGUGUUAUUUAAAACAGAGCGAGAGAGGGAGAGAAAAAGCCGAGAGUGAUGCAAUCCUUUAAACAUGGCUGGGAAUGCUGUGUACACAUGAUGCAAUCUCGUGUAACUGUCAGUCAUGGAUUGAGUAAUCUGUUAAAGAUGUUCCUGCGGUUUUUUUUUAUUAUAAAGAAUAAUCUAUUUCUAUAAGAAAAACACAUAUGUAUAUUUUGGGAUCUAUAAACGUUCUUGCUACAUUUGAAGCAUUAAUGAACAAUUUUAAUAAACUUUAUGGCUAGGAAAAAAAGGAAAUUUGUUUUAUUUUAAAGGCACUUUAAAGCCAGAAUGAAAUCAGUUGAAAUGCCAGCUAGAUCUGGCUGUGUCAGGAAUCAGGGCUUUCUGUUGGCCUUUUGACUUUCUCUGUGACUCAGCAAAAAAACCGGGAGAGAACCAGAGAAGAGCAGCUGUAGGAGCCUCAGCCAGUUCCCCCUUGCUGCCUCACUGAAUUUCCUCUAAUUCCUCGAGUUAAAUACUGCUUGGGAUUUUUGCAACACUCAUAACUCUCAACAGGACAAGACCCAAAUGUGCCAUCUAAACCAUGAAAAAUGUUUGACAAAGUCCCUUCAAGUGAGGGACAAGGUUAAAGUGUUGGAGAGGGUGGGGAAAAGAAAAAGUAGAUGAGGAAGCUUGAAAUGAGGUGGGAGUCUUUCUUUAAAGUUCAAGUUUUUGUAUCCGCUCAGUUUUGUGACUCAGCAUUUCUGACAUCUAUGGUUUACAGCAAUGAAUAGUGAUAACAUGGAGUUUUUUGUGUUGGAUGGCGGUUGGGCCAGCAAUGAGGGACCUCUCUUUCACAUAACUAGGCCCAGUGAGAAAUGUGUGAACAACUCUAUAAUUUCCUACUGAGCCUUCUUUUAAAAACGUGUUUCUAAAAGAAGCUGCUGAUACAGCUGAGUUUUUGAAAGGUGGGUGUGCGGUGGUGGUAGUGGUUUAGGGCAAAAAGUUGGGUAUAGGAGAAUGUAUGUACGGAGCCGUAAGAUCUUUGUGACAAAGAUAAUAGAGGCUCUGCCAGCAGCUGUACUAUGUGGGAUUUGUCAAGGCCUGUGAGUUGCAUAUGUCAUGGCUCUCUAUAGUUUGCUCUUGUGUAUGUGCCUGUAAAAUGUUACGAGAGUCUAGAGCUGAUUACGUGCAGGGAGUUGGGUACAUGUUCAGGUCUUAUUCAGCAUUUUCCAGCAUACUAGGCGUACUCUAAGCACAUCCAUCUUCUAAAUCCAGAUGUCGAAAACUACAGGAAAGAAUUUCCUUAACCCCUCUAUACUGUGCUUUCCAGUAGGGCACAAAGGUUCUGCUUCUUUAAGGGUGUGGGUUUGAACUUGCUGCCUGUUAUAUAUUUUACUGUAAAGGACAGUGAUUGGGAGUGGAUGUAGAGCAGCCUUACAUUUGGUGUUUGUUGAUACUGAUUUUACUCACGAAAUAUGUGGUUUAAUGAGGGAGUUGUUUUUAAUUUUCAGUCACAAUGAUCACAUCUUCCUCAGGCAGGGAAAACUCCUAGAGUCUAUAGUGGAGUUGAUCAAGUAACUCUCUGUUCAUGAAAAUCCCCCAUAGCUCUCACUAGGAGCUAUGCAAGAGUAAGGAGUGUGGGAUUAGAUUCAGUGCAGCUGUAUUUCCCUUUUGCUUUGCAGUUUUUACAAAGUAAUUAAGGGGCUUUUCUGAGCCCCUAGAAUCAGGCUUUUUUGGGUUAUCUAGUCAAAAUAGAUAGCAGGUUAGCUUCUUGCAGACUGGAUGGAUGUAAGGUCUUGCCUUGAAUCUACCUAGUGAUGGUGAUUUCCACAACCUCCCAUUACCACUGGUUCCACUGUUGAACUGUUCUUCUAGUUACAAAACUUAUCCUAAUAUUUAGAUCCUAUUCUCUUCUCUGCAGUGAAGGCCCAUUUGUUAUCAAACUUGUGAUAGUUCUGAGUUACAUGGGAGGACUGCUGGCUUUAGAGUUGCUGAAUGAAGGGCUGGAAAUAUCCCCAGGAACAUUUCUUAUUUCAUUUAUAAAGGACAAAAUUUCCAUCCAAAUCUUUGUGUGGAGGGCAGAUGUGAGGGGGAAUGGAACUGAAAGAGAAGACAUAUUAAAGAUCCUAAUAUUUGUUUAAAAUAACAUUAUAAAUCAGUGGGCCAAAUUCCAGCAGUGGAGUUGCACCAGAGAUGAUGGAUGGGCUAACCCGUUGCCUUUAAGCCUGGAAUUGCUAUAAUUUAACUGGGACCCAUACAGCUGUAAUCAAGACAGAUUGACAGGGGUACUGGUUGGAACAAUUUUUAUUGUGAGGGUGCUGACACCCAUUGAAUCAAACUGUAAACACUGUAUAUAAUGGAAACCACUUCAAGUCAGGGGGUGUGGGAGCACCCCCCUGCACCCCUAUUUCCAGCACUUAUGCAGAUUGAUAUAAAGACUACUUGGAUUAUUGCUACAGAAUCUAAUGCCUCCCUUAAUUUGGACCAUGUGUAACUCAGAUGGAAUGUAUCAGUGCAACACUGAGCUUUGGUGAGGUAGGUAUUACUACCCCUAGUUUACAGAUAAAAAACUGAAGCAAAAUGUUGUGAUUUGCCAAAGGCCUCAGAGGGCAUCUGUGUCAAAGCCAGGAUAAGAAUUCAUGAAUCCCUGGUUUUGUAUGUUUUAUCCAGCCACCUACCUUACAGUUGAGCAGCUUUGCAAUGUUUUUAGGUGUGUAUGGGUCAUGGAAUAUUAGUCUUCAGAAAAAAUACCUCACAAUUAAAAGAUUUCCUAGUAUAAAAUAUGCAGGGACUGUUAUCUGGGGGGAAACAGAAACAAAAAUGAAAUAAACAAAGCAAUCUGUGCAAUUCAUUGAAGUAUGAUCACAGCAGAGAAAUGGGGACCAUCCCUGUCCAAAUCUAGCUCAUUCUCAAAUAUUGAUCUAGAGUCCCAUUAAUAGAGCCCCUGGUGAUUGAAAACAGAGUCUCAUGCACCUCACUUGUCACUUUGCUCUGUCUCUUCUGCUUCUCUAUGUUGAGGAUGCUCAUUGAGGAGCCAGAUAUAUUUUGGGGUGUGAUCGUGGAGUCUAUAUGCAAGCAAAAUUCCCAUUGAAGUAAAGGAUCAGGAUGAGACCCAUGAGCACAAUUUUGUCUCCUUUGAAAUAUGUGUGUACCAUUCAGAUUUCAGUCCUUUCCCCCCAAGUUAUCGUUAACACUGAUUUUUGAUUUCUACCAGCUCAUGCUUGCUGACCCAAUGGGGUUUUGCUGGGGUAGGACAUAGCAGAAUUUCCCCGUCUUUAGAAAUAAAAUAUUCCUCAUGAGAACAUCAAAUCCCUGCCAUAUACAUUCUGUUUCUAAAAGGCUCUACAUUCCACUUCUGAAUCUGCUACACCAGUGGUUCUCAACAGGGGUCCAGGGCCCCCAAGAAGGUUUCAUGGUGUCUGCCACGCAGGGCCAGCAUUAGAUUUGCUGGGGCCCAGGGCAGAAAGCUGAAGCCCCAACGCAUGGGGCUGAAGCCUGGGGCCCUGAGCCCUGCCCAACCCAGGCUGAAGCUGAAGCCUGAGUAACUUAGGUUCGCGGGGCCCCACGUGGCAUGGGGCCCAUGUAGUUGCCCUGCCUGCUACCCCCUAACGCUGGCCUUGUCUUUUAUAUGCAGAAAAACAGCUGUUGUGGCACAGGUGGACCGUAGAGUUUUUAUAGUAUGUUGCGGGGGCCCUCAGAGAGAAAAAGGUUGAGACCCCCCCGUGCUACACCGUUUGGAUUCAGUGGUAUUUAAUUCCACAACAGAAAAUCCAUUCCUCAAAAUGUAUUGUUUAAAUGAACAUAACUAAAAAUAUUAACAAGUUCUAACUUUUAAGCAAGUUAUCUGUCAAUCUGUCUACCUUGUACUACACUUGUCACCUUGGUAUCUGCGUGUCACCAAUAUUUUAGCAAUAGUUUUCUGCAUUGCUGAUGUUAUGUGCUGUCGCUUCACGUUCUAAAGAUGCUUAACUCGCAUUGCCUUCCAUUAGUUACCCCUGGAAUUUGCAGCAGUAGGAGUUAUUGUUAAAAAUUACUCUUGUUUGUGUCUGCAUUCAUAUUUUCCUGUGUCACACUAAUAAACGCAAUCUUACAAAUUACAAACAUGCACAAAAGGAUUAUUGGAAGGGUCAGUCGUAUAUUAAUUUAAUAACAGGUUUGUCUUCUUGAAAUCAUGUGAUAGCCAUCAAAUAUCUAAAAAACAGCCCAGGGAAACUAUAAAUGAGGCAGUAUAACUGAGUUUUGAUGACUGAGAUUUACCCUUGCAAUCGCAGUAGUUCUAAAUUAGAAGGAAGGAUACUGCAACUCAAAAUAAUAUCUGCUUUAAGAAACUGAAAAAAAAAUUGGAAGCCAGAUUAUACCUCAUCACUUAUGUUUAUAUUUUAAACUUCAGGGUCCAAUUAUCUCCCUGCACCUUGUGCAGUCA